AUGGAAACAAUAUCAAACACAUCACAAGGAGACAGCAGUGUAAAAAGUGAUGACAGUAGUCCCCAGCAUGAGAGUGGGAGAAGUUCACCUCCUCCAAACUGUGCAAUAUGUCUGGGAACAUGUAAAAAUAAAUCAUUUACAGACUCAUGUCUCCACCAGUUUUGCUUUAGAUGUAUCUUGAAGUGGAGUAAGGUCAAGGCAGAAUGUCCACUGUGUAAACAAAUUUUUAAAUCAAUCAUUCAUAAUGUACGGUCUAAUCAUCAGUAUGAAGAGUACAUGGUUGAACAGAGAAAUCAAGUGGAGGAUAUUGAGAGAAUUGAACUUGACACUUUAACAAAUGCCACACAGAGAUUUAGAUACAGGACAACAUUAACAUUGCCGUAUCGAGAUUCAUGGGCCCUAGAACAGAUUUUGUCAAAUUACCGGACAGCAGCUCGUCGACCACCACCUGCUCACAGACGCCGUCCACCUUCCUAUUUUCGCCGAACUGUAUAUCGUCAUAACCUCUGGGCUCGACCUCUCCCAGACUUCACAGGCAGAUACCGAGACUGUGCCCCGGAAUUCUAUAGGUGUAAUGACUCUCAAAUGCACCGUUUAGUGCCUUGGUUAAGUAGAGAACUCCAUUACUUACUAAAUGAAAAUGUUGGGCAUAUAUCCUAUGUGAUGACUCAAAUCAUGGAUUUGCUUCCUCGAUAUCAUAUUAAUUCCACAGAAUUCCGAGAGGCAUUGCAAAGGUAUUUCGGGGAAAGGACAGAGCAUUUUUUACACGAGUUAUAUUGUUUUGCAUCGACACCUUAUGAUAUGGCAGGAUACGACAGGAAUGUUCAAUACACAACUGAUACGCGAGUAUCGACGAUAGUCAACGAGGUGAUUUCGAGUUCUGAUAAUGAUUCCAGCCUCGAUUCGGAGGUAGAUAUAGAUGAUUAUUUACGUAAUUUCCCACUAGAAGCGCCACCUGGACCGUCUCGAGGGCCAGCACCAGUGUACCCCCAACCCAAUAUUUCAAAUCCAUCAACAAACGAUGUAAUUCCAAUAGAGACUAUAUCACAUUCUGAUUCUGACGACAACUCUGAAGUAAUGGUGGUGGGAUAUAUUAAGCCCCCUCAUGCGCGCACUCCGGAAGUAGUAGAUCUGCUAGAGUCGGACAGCGACGUCGUCAUCGAAGAAGACGCUCAACCGCCGCGGCCCAUAGUGGUGCCGCAGACGAGUCAGGCUCAAGAAAGCAGGCCAGUGCCCUUGGUCAAACUCACUUUGAAACAACACCAUCCGCCCUCCACAACUGCACCCUCUCUCUGCCCCUCCGCCCAGCGAACCAGCGCGCCUUCCGACUCUGACGAUAGCACUUACACGCCGCCCCUAUCUCAAUGGACAACUUAUCCGUCUCACAGUUCCGACAGGAGCUCUUCCGUUAGUGGAACUUCUACGUCGUCUGAAUCAGAUUUAAUUUCAAGACGUUCCUCAUCCUCAACUGAUGUUAUUUCAUAUUAUAGUGAUUCAAGUAGUGACUCUUAUAAACCGCGUCCGCUAAAAACUAGAAAAAAGAAGACCAAACGAAAAUCAAGUAAAAGUGAUAGAACAAAAAAAAAGACCAAGAGAAUAAAAAAAGAAAAAAAGUCAAAAACCAAACCUGCAGAAACUAAACAAAGUAAUCGUAAAUCGUAUUCUGGUAAAGGUGUAAAAUCAUCCAAAAGUGCCGGUGCAACGGCGAGUACGAGUUCAGGAAAAUCCCAAACUUCUACAGAUCAACCUAGCACUAGUGGAACACAGAAGAGUCGUAAGAGUAGCAAAAGAAAAGCAGAAGGCAGAAUUAGUUGUGAGAGCAAAAGACUGAAAAGUGCUGUUUCUGUUGUAAGUAAUCAGAGGCAUUUAAGGAGUUCCACUUGCAGUGAAGCGUCAAGUCACGCAAACAGUUCCAAGUCUUUUGCUGAUGGUAAUCCAAGCAAAGAAAAAAGCACUGAUCGAGGCCCUAAUACAAUUGUUAAUAAAAAUUCCGAUUUAUCUGAUACUGAGUUAAACGUGCCACGUAAUAUUACUGACAGUUUUUAG